AUGCAAGCAAACUACGGAUUAGAUUCAAACUCUGAGCUCAGCAAGAACAGUUUUGAGGUGGUCACCACCGAUGAUAUCAAGCCCGACCAACAAACGGUGUUGUCUAUCAAGUCUGAAGAGGACAUCAAGCCCGACCAACAAACCCUGUUGUCUAUCAAGUCUGAAGAGGACAUCAAGCCCGACCAACAAACCCUGUUGUCUAUCAAUUCUGAAGUGGACAUCAAGCCCGACCGACAAACCCUGUUGUCUAUCAAGUCUGAAGAGGACAUCAAGCCCGACCGACAAACUCUAUUGUCUAUCAAGUCUGGACCAAGAGAGUCGAACUCAGACACUGGCCGUAGCGAGGAUAUGGCAUCGGAUUCGAAGGGAAGAACCGAGCCGAACUCAGACUCUAGUGGUAGCAAGGGUGUAUCCAAGGUGACAUCAGAGUCAAACUCUGAGAGCGAUGAUGACUUUGUUUUUGUUAGAGCCGUUGAUGCUGAACCGGACAAUCGAGAAUUAGCAAACUCUGCAUUAGUGGAAAAAACUUCUGUCGAGCGCUUCACCAACCUUGGGCUGCAGUGGUUCUUUGAAGACUUCUUGGCGACAGGGUUUUUUAAAGGUGUCCUAACCCAGGCUCAGUUCUCCCAGGUUACUCAAGGACUUUCUACCUACUACGGCUUUAGCAUUCCAAUGUAUAUCAACUAUAUUCAAGGACCCGAUGGACCAGAUCCUGCUGACUUUCUCAUCGGCAGCACACUUCGAGAAUGGUCAGCAGCUCGGGCAGAGUGCUGUAAUGAUCUUGCUUUGCCAAAUCUGGUGGCAUUUAGACAGGUUGAAUUUCAAGGGCUGGACGCAACCACCUCUUUCAUUGGCUUCUUCAGAGGCACAGGAGAGUCUGCUUGGACUCUCAUCCAUCAACCUGCUGUUUUAGAUUCUUAA